ACAGUUGCCGCUAUACGGCGCCCACGGUUCGCCAACUGAUCGGAGGUUAAGUGCCCUGCUCAGACAUCUCACAGAUCAUUCUGUUUCGUCCAUGGAGUCCCAAAACCCCAAUCACGCCAUCUCACCCUCUGCAACCACGGCCUCUAAUGGCGAUUCUGUCUUCGCUAACAUUGCUAAAGCUCCCGAAGAUCCGAUCUUAGGGGUAACUGUUGCAUACAACAAGGACUCCAGCCCAAUAAAGUUGAAUUUGGGUGUUGGUGCUUAUCGAACAGAGGAAGGAAAACCUCUUGUUCUGAAUGUAGUUAGACGAGCUGAGCAGCUGCUAGUAAAUGACCCGUCUCGUGUUAAGGAGUAUCUUCCCAUUACUGGAUUAGCGGAUUUCAAUAAAUUGAGUGCCAAACUAAUUUUUGGUGCUGACAGCCCUGCUAUUCAAGAAAACAGGGUAGCUACUGUCCAGUGCUUAUCUGGUACUGGCUCUCUGAGGGUUGGAGCUGAGUUUCUGGCAAAACAUUACCACCAAAAUUCAAUAUACAUUCCACAACCAACAUGGGGAAACCAUCCCAAAGUGUUCACUAUGGCGGGGUUGUCUCCGAAGUAUUAUCGCUAUUAUGAUCCAGAAACACGUGGACUGAACUUUCAAGGCCUGCUUGAGGACCUCAGUUCUGCCCCAUCAGGAGCAAUAGUGCUUCUUCAUGCAUGUGCUCAUAACCCAACUGGUGUUGAUCCUACCGUUGAACAGUGGGAGCAGAUCAGACAACUGAUAAGAUCAAAGGGGUUGUUACCAUUCUUUGACAGCGCAUAUCAGGGUUUUGCAAGUGGAAGUUUAGAUGCGGAUGCACAGUCUGUUCGGAUAUUUGUUGCAGAUGGUGGUGAAUGCCUUGCAGCUCAGAGUUACGCAAAGAACAUGGGACUUUAUGGGGAGCGUGUUGGUGCCUUAAGCAUUGUGUGCAGGACAGCAGAUGUUGCAAGUAGGGUUGAGAGCCAGCUGAAACUUGUGAUCAGGCCCAUGUACUCCAACCCACCUAUUCAUGGUGCAUCCAUUGUGGCCACCAUCCUCAAGGACAGGGAUAUGUAUAAUGAAUGGACUAUUGAGUUAAAAGCCAUGGCUGAUCGGAUUAUUAGCAUGCGCCAACAACUCUUCGAUGCUUUACGUGAUAGAGGUACACCCGGUGACUGGAGUCACAUCAUCAAGCAGAUUGGAAUGUUUACUUUCACAGGGUUGAACACAGAACAGGUUGCCUUCAUGACUAAAGAAUACCACAUCUACAUGACAUCCGACGGGAGAAUUAGCAUGGCAGGUCUAAGCUCGAGGACAGUUCCUCAUCUCGCAGAUGCCAUUCAUGCGGCUGUUACUCGCAUUGUCUAAUUUUGUCUAUGACCUCUUUUGUUGGUUUAUUCUGCUAUAUGGAAGAAUUGCUUUUCUGCUUUUUAAACCUUAGCUGUUGUAAUAAUCAUAUCACUUCAUUGAGUAGUGAUUACACUGAAAUAUUUCAUUCAAGCUAGCCUGAGGCUGGAAACUCUCGGCUGGGGCCGGGGAAUUUUGGACUAAUUUUUGUCAAAACUUUAUAUUUGUUUGUUGCCAUGCUUUUAGUCACUGAUGCAUGAGUUUUGAGAAACUUGAAUCAUUCCAAUUUUCUAAACAUGGGCUAUCUAUGUAUUGA